AUGUCCACAACAACCACCACAUCCAUCCACCAAACCCUAGUCCCAACAUGGGAAGAUAACCCUCCAAGCGACGCAGUCGACCAACCCUUCCAAGCUCUAGCCCGCGGCGACCGCAACGGAGUCCUCAAACUCCGCGGAAUCCCAUCCUUCAAAGACCCCUAUGCCAAACGCCAAUGGAUCCGCGAACACAUGGCAGCCGCAUUCCGGUUCUUCGGCAAGCAGGGAUACGGCGAGGGUGUUUCAGGCCAUAUCUCAGUUCGGGAUCCUAUUCUCCCGCACCACUUCUGGAUGAAUCCGUUCGCGAUGCACUUUUCCCUCAUCAAGGCAUCUGACAUGGUCCUUGUUGAUAGCAGCGGGUAUGUGGUUGAGGGUGGUAACCAGGCUAUGAUCAAUGAAGCGGGAUUCAUGAUUCAUUCCGAGGUGCAUCGGGCGCGUCCGGAUGCUGUUGCUGUUGCUCAUGCGCAUAGUAUUCAUGGUAAGACGUGGAGUGGGUUUGGGAAGCCGAUUGAGAUGCUUACGCAGGAUGCGUGCAAUCUUUAUGGCAAAGUUGGAGUUCACGCAGAGCAUGGUGGUAUUGCUCUUGCGCAGGAAGAAGGACGUGCAAUUGCCAACGCGCUUGGGAAGACGAACACUGCGGCUAUUCUGCAGAAUCAUGGAUCUAUCACUUUGGGCCAAACGGUUGAUGAGGCUGCUUUCCUGUUUUACAGUCUCGAGCAAGCCUGCCAAUCUCAACUAUUGGCUGAAGCUGCUGCUGCCAACGGUGUUGUGAAGAAGAUCAUUCCGCACGAUGUGGCUCAGUUUACUGCCGACUCAGUGCAGACCCCUAACAACUUUUAUCUAGAGUUCCAGCCCGAUUUCGAUUUGAUUGUCGCUGAGUCUGGAGGCAAGGUUCUUCAGUAA